AUGAAGUUUAACAUUGUGCGGUACUUUGUCUACUACCUCCGAGUGCGGCUGAAGGUGGUCCCCUGGAACUACGACUUCACAAAAGAAGAGUUUGACGGUUUGUUUAUCAGCAACGGUCCUGGAGAUCCACAGAAGUGUGAUGCAACAGUGAAAUGCCUUCAGCAAGUGAUGAAAGACCGGCCAACAUUGCCCAUCUUUGGUAUUUGCCUUGGCCACCAGCUGCUCUCCCUGGCGGCCGGCUGCAAGACUUACAAAAUGAAGUUCGGAAACCGUGGAGUGAACCAGCCCUGCAUAGAUCUCCGGACUGGCAGAUGCUACAUUACCUCGCAGAACCAUGGCUUUGCCGUGGACGAUUCUCAGCUUCCGGACGGCUGGCACUCCCUCUUCGUCAAUGCCAAUGAUGGCUCGAACGAGGGAAUUGCGCACAAGGAGAAGCCAUGGCUAUCGGUUCAAUUUCAUCCCGAGGCUUGCUGCGGCCCAGUAGACACGGCAUUUUUGUUCGACGAAUUUUUACGGAUCUUGAGGAGUCUACAUGGAAAAAACCUGACGACCAUCGGCUACAAGCACCCGCAAGCGAUUACAAAGGUCCUGGUGCUGGGAUCGGGUGGCCUGACGAUUGGACAAGCGGGAGAGUUCGACUACUCGGGCAGCCAAGCCAUCAAGGCCCGUUUGGUUCGGUUGGCCCUGCGCGUCCGCGUGGUGGGCUACGUCCGAAGCGGCAGGGAGAGCCCACUGGGCCGGAUCAACCCAAACAUCGCCACAGUGCAGACAUCAAAGGGUCUGGCUGAUCAGAUCUUCUUCGUGCCUGUCACACCGGAGUUCGUCACGAAGGUCAUCGAAAAGACCCGACCGGACGGGCUCUUCGCGGCCUUCGGUGGACAGACGGCACUGAACUGUGCUGUUCAACUUCACAAGAAUGGGACGCUGAAGAAGUACGGCGUGAAGGUCCUCGGCACGCAGAUCGAUUCCAUCAUUGCCACGGAGGACCGCGACGUCUUCAAGGCGGGCGUCGAAAGCAUUGGCGAGCAGUGUGCCCUCUCGGCCUGCGCCAACACCAUGGAAGAAGCAAAGAAGGCGGCCAAGGAGAUCGGCUUUCCAGCACGGAACUCGGAGUGGGACCGCGUGCUGGUGCGAGCUGCAUUUGCACUGGGCGGCCUUGGAAGUGGCUUUGCGAGCAACGAGGCCGAGUUGGAUAUUUUGCUGGAACGAGCCUUCGCGAACUCCUCCCAGGUCAUCAUUGAUGAGUGCCUCAAAGGAUGGAAGGAGCUGGAAUAUGAGGUCAUGCGUGACUCAAAGGACAAUUGCCUGGUGGUGUGCAAUAUGGAGAACCUGGAUCCCAUGGGCGUUCACACGGGCGAAUCCAUUGUGGUGGCACCGUCCCAAACGCUCAGCAACGAUGAGUAUCACAAGCUGCGCGCGGUGGCGAUCAAGGUGAUUCGCCACUUUGGCAUCGUGGGUGAAGCCAACAUUCAAUAUGCUUUGGAUCCCAACUCCAAGCGGUACCGCAUCGUGGAGGUGAAUGCUCGGCUGUCGCGGAGCAGUGCAUUGGCCUCGAAGGCCACCGGCUACCCCUUGGCAUACGUCGCCGCAAAGAUUGCCUUGGGUCACGACCUGGUGAGCUUGAGGAAUUUGGUCACGCGAUGCACCACCGCGUGUUUCGAACCCUCCCUGGACUACUGCGUGGUGAAGGCAGAAGGGCGUUUGCCGGGUGCUGACCUGGGACCACCGAAACGGGGGAUCCCGCGCUGGGACAUCGACAAGUUCCCCACGGUGGAGCGCACCUUGGGGACGCAGAUGAAGUCCGUGGGCGAGGUCAUGUCCAUCGCGCGCUCCUUCCCCGAAGCCAUGCAGAAGGCCUUGCGCAUGGUGAACGAAGGCUCCGUGGGAUUUGACGAGUCUUGGUACCUGCGUGCGCGAACCUCCGCGGGAACCUCCAAAGACAACAAUAUCGAGGAGGAGUUGCGAUGUCCCGGACCGCUUCGAAUGUGGGCCAUCGCCCAUGCCUUCGAGGUUGGCUACAGCGUCGAGAAGGUCUAUGCGAUCACACGCAUUGACCGCUGGUUCUUGGGCAAGCUCUUCUGUGUUCAUCAAGCGCGAAAACGCAUGGAGGGCAUGGGCAGCCUUGCCGCCUUGACCAAGGCCGGUCCCCAGUUCUUGCGGCGAGUGAAGCAAUUGGGCUUCUGUGACAGGCAGAUCGGGAAAUGCGUCAAGGAAACGGACAUCUCCAUCAUGAAGCUGCGCGCCAGCUGGAAUGUGAGGCCAUGCGUGAAGCAGGUCGACACUCUGGCAGCGGAGUUCCCCGCGCAAACGUUCCUCGGCCGCGUGGCGCGCGGAGCGUGCGGAGCGCGCUCGAGGAACUAUUUGUACUUGACCUACGUGGGUGAUCAGAACGACGUAGUCCCUCUGAGAAACGAGAAGCUUGCAGCUCACAAGGAUUCCUUGUAUGACACCGCCUUUGGAAAAGGCCGUCUUGAAGAGGAAAGUGCCUUCAGCCUCCCCUUCAAGAAGACGCCCUUGCAGCGGAGCACCACGUCGCCCUCUUGGAGCCCCAAGAACCGGAGCGCCAAAGCGGAGGAUCCGCCUGCAUUUGAUUUGAAUGAAGACGGUCAAAAACCUUCGUUCAUCGUGCUGGGCUCGGGGUGCUAUCGCAUCGGCGCCUCCGUGGAGUUCGAUUGGAGCUCCGUGAGCGCCGUCAGGACCCUGCGAGAAACUGGACACAGAGCCAUGGUGAUCAAUUGCAAUCCAGAGACUGUGUCCACGGACUAUGAUGAGAGUGAUCGUCUCUACUUCGAGGAGUUGACCUUGGAGACCGUCUUGGAAAUUUGCAAUUUUGAGCAACCAGCAGGUACCAUUGUAUCUGUCGGCGGUCAGACGCCGAACAAUUUGGCACCGAAGCUGGACAAGAUGGGAAUCAAUAUUCUUGGAACGGCUGCACAGAAUAUUGACCGGGCAGAGGAUCGCUCGAAGUUCUCGGCCAUGUGCGACGAACUGGGCGUGGAUCAACCGGAAUGGUCGGAGUUCGUGAAGCUGGAGGAAGCGCUGAGCUUUGCGAACAUGGUGGGCUUCCCGGUGCUCGUCCGGCCCUCCUACGUGCUCUCGGGCGCGGCAAUGCGGGUGAUCGACAACGAGGACGACGGUUCUCCAUGGACUGGAAGAAACGACAAUGGGGACGUGGAGAAAACAGUGGAGCAGGAGUUCCCAGUGGUGAUUUCCAAGUAUGUCGAGGGUGCGAGGGAGAUCGAGUUUGAUGGCAUUGGCCGCGAUGGGCAAGUCCUCAACUAUGCCAUCUCCGAACACGUGGAGGAUGCUGGCACUCACAGUGGCGAUGCCACGUUGCUCCUCCCAUCCCAGCGUCUCUACUUGGAAACGCAUCGCCGGGUGAUGCAUGUGGCUGCCCAGUUGCCCAGAGCUCAGACCGGAGGAGAUAUGGAGAUGUUGAAGAAAUACGAUGAGUCAGCCUUCGUGUCAAAGUGCAAAGCUCUCAACAUUUCGGGCCCCUUUAAUGUGCAGUUCAUGGCGCAGGAAGGUUCCUGCAGUUCCAUGCGAACGCUCAAAGUCAUCGAGUGCAAUGUGAGAGCCUCCAGAACCGUACCCUUCGUAUCCAAGACGCUGAAUGUGAACUUCAUUGAGCUUGCCACUCGUGUUAUGCUGAAGCAGGACGUCAGACCUGCACCCGUCUAUGUCUAUGAUUUCCAGUUUGUCUCUUGCAAGGCUCCCAUGUUUUCCUUCCAACGGCUCAGUGGAUCGGAUCCGCACGUGGGCGUCGAGAUGCAGAGCACCGGCGAGGUGGCAUGCUUUGGGCAGAAUGCCAAUGAGGCAUUCCUCAAGGCGUUGAUCGCGAGUGGUGUCAAGGUCUUCUUCGAGCCUUGUGGGAUCCUGUUGUCCUUGGGCUCACAGGAGGACAAGAAGACCAUUUUGAAGUACCUGCCCUUCUUGGAUGAGAUGGGGUACAAGAUCUAUGGAACCACUGGGACAGCCUCAUUCAUAGAGGCUAACGCACCCAAGCGGAAGGGAGCCAGCAUCAACGUCAGCACACUGGCAAAUGCAGUCACGCAGAAGAAACCAAACGUGAUCUCAGCGAUGGCGGACAAGUCCAUCGGCAUUGUCAUUUGCACGCCUUCCUCAAGAGACUCCGGUGGUGCGACGGCCGGCUACUUCCUACGAAGGAAAGCUCUGGAAUCUCAAUUAACUCUGCUAGUGAACCUCCAGCAGGCAUUGAUGUUCAUCGAUGCCCUCUAUGAGAAGUGGAGUGUAGAAAGACAGGGAGGCAACAAGCGUUCUGCCAGCCCAGAACGUGCGAAGAAGAAACGCAAGGUCGUGUUGGUGAAAGCUCAGCAGGCUGCGGCCGAGCGAGGUCGUGCUGCUGUGAAGCCAACCGCCAAAGUUGCUCGAGCAAAACCAGCUCCCAUUCCUGGCGGUACAGCAGGCCGCCUUUUGGAAUGGCUUGGACAUGGCCGUACAGAUACUCCACGCCUAGGCUCUAACACAGAGCGCGCCGACGUGCAGGUGGAGAAGCAGGAGAAGCCGCAAAAACCUCUCGUUCCUGAGAAGGCUCCAAAGGUUUCAGUACGAGUGAAGCAAAGCUCGACGAACACUUCAAAGAAAGGUCGACAGCCCGCGGAGAGCGAGUCUGACUCCUCCAGCGAUAGCAGGAGUAGCAGCCCAGACUCGCGGAGCCCGACCUCGCCCGUGCUGGCCGUGGUGACACCAGCAAAGGUGACGAAGAGGCCGAAAGCUGCAUCGCCAAAGAAGGCAGUGCAAAAAGAGACAAAGGUGAAAAAGCGAGCUGCCCCACCAGCAGCGAGUCUCGCGCCGGCAAAGGCCAAGAAGGCCAACGACGGCUCCAGCGUGCCGACCAAAGCGAAGAAGACCGAAGCUCCGCCGGCUCCAGUGAAGGUGAAGAAGCCCCCGCCGGAGAAGCCGAAGCCGAAGCGCGUGGAGGCCGUGCAGGUGGUCACGCCGGCGGCUGCACCCGCUGCACAGCCAGAGCUCUCUGAGCUGGAUCAGAUGGGUCUACAGGAUGCGGUGCUGGAGCGGCUACGGACACUGUGCGACAAGGAUGUGGACCCCAAGGUCCUGGCAGAGUACAUCGUAGUCCUUGCCCAGAUGAACAAAGGUCCUGACCAUUUGUCGGGCGAGCUAGAGGCAUUCUUCUCUGACAAGGCACUCCUUCAAUCCUUCGUGAGAUGGGUAGAGGAGUGCAAGUGGUCUUUCGUCCCUGGUGGGCAGCCACUGAAGCCAAGAAGUGCGCCAACAGGUGCUGAACGGCCGGUGGACUUCAACAACGGGAUGGUACGCCUGGCAGCUAAAAGUGCUGAGGCUUUGGCCGGACCAAAGACUGUCCGCCAAGGCCCGCACGUGGCCGUGACGAGCCGCGUGGUCUUGCAACCGAAUCCCAACUUCGAUGCAUCCCCGAGCGCUCGCGCCAUCAAGGCGCCCGCUCCAGUUAGCAGUCCCUUGAAGAGUCCUCUCAAGAGCCCUCUGUCAAAGGUACCAUCCACCCGUCCCUAUGUGAUGCCACCCCGCCACAGUGCCGAGGCUCAACAGGUUCAGCUUCUGGGAGAAUUUACCAAGACUUUGCAGUCGAUUUUAACGAAGCUUCAGAACACGGAGCUUCCGGACAGCCAGAGGGAAAAGUAUCAAGCAAUGGCAGAUAAGAUUCACAACAAGAUCAAAACCAUCAAGUUGGCGGGUUCGGUGAGGCGACGUUGA